UUUCUCUCUAACAAAUUUCUUGCGUAACACGAUAACCCUCAUUCUGAUUGAUAUCAUAAAAGCUUUAUGCUAAGUUACACAUCUCCCUUAAAGAAUAUUGAUUUACAAUAAAAAAAAAAUAUGUGCUUUUAAUAAAUUUAAUCGAAGCGGGUAAAACGGUUCAGGAGGUUUAUUGUUUGACCACUAGAUAGCGGGAUAACCUUGAUCGACAGUUUUGUUUAGAUUUGUAGGAGUGUAGUUAGUAGUAUUUCGCACACAAUCAAACAUCUUGAAAAGCUGGGCAUGAAGUAACCAAUAAGCGAUUUGCCAGUCUAAUCGUUCCAACGUCAUUGCAUAACUCGUGUUGCUUUUUAAACCAAUUAUUUAAUGCGCUGCGUGCAAUGAUUUUGCACUUGGAGACGUUUUCCGAUCGAUGUCACGCGUGUGUAAUGACGCCGACCGAAAAUGCGAAUGGGCGUAAUAACGCCGGCAAGUUCUGCGAAUUGGAUAUACGUCAGAACUAACCUAAGAAAAAAGUUCAUUGUGUUGUUCUAACGAGAUAAAUAUUGUUAUAAGACAGUAUGAAUCGCUACUCAACCUUAUUUCAUCGAAUUUCGACCUCGAUAUGUUUGACGUUGUUGCUCUCGUGUACAACGUCUGUAAUAAUUUACGUAUAGGUUAACUUACAGCGUCCAUAGACGUUUACAAUCUGUCAUUUAAAUUCAACAUUUUUUAAAUCGUAAUGUAAUAUAUAAAUAUAAAUAUAAAGCUGACGUUUUAUUAAAAAUAAUACGUCCUUAGCCAUGUAUUUUAUAAUAAGCACAACUUUUGAAACGUUCCUGUUAACCAAUGUUGGGUCAUACAAAUUCGAAGCAAUCUUUAAGAAUGAAUUCAAUUUCAUUUUGAAAUAAUUUUUGAAUUUGUGUAUUUAUACUAUAAUUAAAAUAAUAACAGAUUCAUUAUAAUGCAUUUAUGAUUAAAUGCCAUGCAUUCUAUAUGUGAAGAAUAAUGUUUAAAAUUAGUGUAUAUUGGUGUAUAACCUGAUUGCAUUAAAAAUGCAAGCCAAGAAGCGCUAUUUAUUAUUAUUUGUAACAUGUGCGUUUCUUGGUUAUUGUUAUUUUGGUGGUUAUCGAUUAAAAAGUGAAAAGUGGACAGGCAGAUCUCAGUUGCCUUAUGAGCGAUUGCCUUCAUAUUUAAGUCUAAAUGAAGAAUUCUAUGACAAGGAUUUGAGAACAUCAAAUGGAAACCCAAUUAUGUCUCAACGUACAAAACAAUGCCGUAUGGAGACUUGUUUUGACUUUACCAAAUGCAAGCAAGGUUUCACAGUAUAUGUGUAUCCAAUUGAAGAUGUGAUAAGUCCACUAUACCAAAAAAUAUUGAAUGUUAUUACAGAAUCAAGAUAUUAUACAUCAGAUCCUACUCGAGCAUGUAUAUUUGUAUUAGCUCUUGAUACAUUGGAUAGAGAUCCAUUAUCAACAGAAUUUGUGCAUAAUCUUCCUUCAAAAUUAAUGCGUUUACCAUAUUGGAAUAAUGGCAGAAAUCAUUUGAUAUUUAAUUUGUAUUCUGGAACAUGGCCUGAUUAUGCAGAAGAAUCUUUAGCCUUUGAUUUAGGAUAUGCUAUGCUUGCAAAGGCUAGCAUGUCUAUUUUUAGACAUAGACCUGAAUUUGAUAUAUCUAUUCCAUUGUUUGGAAAACAACAUCCAGAACGUGGUGGAGAAUCAGGACAAGCUUUAGAAAAUAAUUUUCCUAAUAAUAAAAAAUACAUUGCAGCUUUCAAGGGUAAAAGAUACGUCCAUGGUAUAGGUUCUGAAACUAGAAAUGCCCUUUAUCAUUUACAUAAUGGCAAGGAUUUAGUGUUUGUUACAACUUGCCGUCAUGGUAAAGCAUGGAGAGAAUUACAAGAUGAACACUGUCAACAAGAUAAUCAAGAAUAUGAUAUGUAUGAUUAUGAAAUUUUAUUAAUGAAUGCUACCUUUUGUCUUGUACCAAGAGGAAGAAGACUUGGUAGUUUUCGAUUUUUAGAAGCUUUAAGAGCUGGAUGCAUUCCAGUUAUUUUAAGUAAUGGUUGGGCACUUCCUUUUCACGAACGAAUUGAUUGGACACAAGCUGUUAUAUUUUCUGAUGAAAGACUGUUACUUCAAAUUCCAGAUAUAGUGCGGUCUGUGUCUAAUGUGCAUAUUCUUAAAUUACGGCAGCAAACGCAAUUCCUUUGGGAACGGUAUUUUUCGUCGAUAGAAAAAAUUGUAUUUACAGUAUUUGAGAAUAUUCGCGAGCGUUUACCUUGGGAAGGUACAAGAGAAAAGCUUGUUUGGAAUACUAAUCCUGGAGCAUUAGCAAUAUUACCACAAUUUGCUGAUAGUCAACAAGAACUUCCAUUUUCGAAAAGUAAUCCAGGUAAUACCUUCACUGCCAUCAUCUACUCGCAGUUAGGAUCUACUGCUGUCUUAUAUCGGCUGCUUAAGAGUCUCGCGAAAAGUAAAUAUCUAGAUAAGAUUAUUCUCAUGUGGAAUUCGGAUAUUCCAUUACCAAGAAGACCACGAUGGCAAGGGAUCAAAGCAUCAAUACAUGUUCUCACGGUUGAUGGUAUAUCUCAACGUUUCUAUCCUCAUCCAUUAAUCAAAACUAGUGCCAUAUUAUCUCUAGAUGAAGAUGCUACACUCAAUACAGAUGAAAUUGAUUUUGCCUUUACGGUAUGGAAAUCGUUUCCUGAUCGAAUAGUUGGUUAUCCAGCAAGAUCACAUUAUUGGGAUGAUUCAAAACGUUCAUGGGGUUAUACAAGUAAAUGGACAAAUGAUUAUAGUAUAAUUCUAACUGGUGCCGCCUUUUAUCAUCGUUAUUAUAAUACAUUGUAUACCGAAUUACUGAGUUCGACGCUUCACAAGACUGUCGAGCAAUCGCAAAAUUGCGAGGAUAUACUUAUGAAUUUUUUAGUAAGUCAUGUAACGCGAAGACCACCUAUCAAAGUAACUCAACGAAAGUUGUAUAAAGAUACCACAGUGGCAGGAAUCAGAUCUCCAUGGAAUGACCCAGAUCACUUUAUACAACGACAAACGUGUAUGAAUACGUUUGUAGCCGUUUUCGGAUAUAUGCCGUUGUUACGAUCUAAUAUGAGGCUUGACCCUGUUUUGUUCAAAGACUCUGUAAGCAACUUGCGCAAAAAAUAUAGGCAAAUUGAAUUAGUUAGUAAUUAGAAUUAUACAAGAUAUUUUAUCAGUUAUACAGUUAUUUACCCUCGAAACGGGCAUCCUAUAUUUGUAGCCUCGAAUAUUUCUAUUAAAUAGUGGCGCAUAUUGCUAAUUACAGCCGCGUGCGCGCGCUAGAGGCUAUUCCAAAAUGUAUAGGAAACAUUUACAUCGUUGUAAGUAAGAAACCAUUGUAUUAUAGUGGUUAUAUCAAGCAAAUCAAGAAGGUCUUUCAUUCUUGAGGAAUAGCGAUUUUCUGCGCUUUUAUAUAUUCGCAAAAAUGAAUUUUUGUACAAAGUAUGGGAUAUCUUGUAAUAUUGUUCGAAUCUAAAUCGAGCCACGGUAUACAACCGUUGUUGUAUAUAUAACCGUGUUCAAUUGAUGUACAUACGAAUCGUUUCAUAGUUACUAAUAAAACGAAAAAACAAAAAAAAAAAAAAAGAAAAAAAACGAACAUUAUUUGACAAAUUCUUCGACUUUUAAAAACCGGCCUUUGGAAGCUACAUACAAUGCAUUCUAAUUAUAGUCAAUUGAAAUCGCUCGAAACCAAAUUUAUCAAACGCUUACUUUUCUCUAAUCGUUGAAACAAUAAUUAUCGUGCAGAUAAUAUUUUAUAUAAAUCAAACAAAACGUGUAGCUAUGUCCGGAUUACGUCUUGAUUAGUAGCCUCAGGGAUGGAUCUAUUUAACGCGAGAACUGAAAUACAGAUUACGACUUCGUGGACUGUCUGAGAGCUAUUGAUAUAUAAAUAUAAUUUUUUACAUUUCAAUUUUUAUAAUUCAAUAACAAUAAUUAACGCUAUCUUGCUCGAUGUUUUAAAAAGAAGAAAAACAUGAAUGUUUACCUCUGUUCAACGUUCAUUGUUGCAAUAAGUGUAAGUUUAUGUAAAACAUUUCAUUCGUUUCUCAAUGUAUACACCCAACAUUGUCCGUAUGUUCGUAGUUUCUCUAUGUAUUCUAGGAUCACAGAUUAUUCGUAAUCGAAUAUGUAGAAAGUAUUUCAAGAUUUUACGUAUUGUUGUACGUAUGUAUAUUACUACGUAUUUUUGUUUUAUUCGUCUCGAAUACGUAUAUAUGUAUAGUUCGAUCGCUCUCAGGAGAUCUUUGAAAAGAAGUAAGAAAUUACUUGUGACAAUAUCGCAAGUAUGUCUAGUCGUUUACGUUCAUUUAUAUCGAUACAUCCAAGGGA